GCCGUCAAAAUUAAAGUUUGACGACGAAGAUCUCUGCAUACAUUUUUGUUGUUGUGUAUAUUUGUGCCCAAAAUAAAAUAAAAAAAUAUUGAAAAAUAUCAAGAAAAAUUUGUUAAAGUCGAAGUUUUGUAAAUAUACAAUAGUGAGGUGCAUUUAAUUGCCAACAAUUUAUGACAUUUUUAUAGUGCUAAAAAGUUGUAAACAAUAAAAACCGGCAAAAUUUACUCCCGCAGGCGAUUUCGUAGAAUAUUGAUAAUGACACUGGUGGGAUUGGCGGCACGCAAACUUUCAAUCAAAAAACGCAAUGCAAAGUUAGCAGCUGCUUUUCCUAAUGGCGUACGUUGCCAAAAAUGUUUGGAAUUUGGCCAUUGGUCGUACGAGUGCAAGGAGAAACGCAAAUAUGUACAUCGCACUUCACGUACGAAGCAGCUUAACAAAAAGGUACAGGAAAAAGUGGCGGAACAGCAGAGUAAUGGUACUAGUGUUGGUACCGAAACGGGUGUAGCAACUCAAAAAAAGAAACAAAAACGCCGGCAUUCGUCCUCAGGCUCCUCCAGCGGUUCUUCUUCAAGUUCCGACAGCGAAUCUGAUUCAUCUUCUGAUGAUUCAGGAUCUUCAGAUUCAGGUUCCUCAUCUGAUUCCAGUUCAUCAUCAGACAGUGAAUCUGACAGUUCCAGCGAUACCGAUGGCUCCGAAUCCUCUUCCUCCGGCAGUUCUUCAAGCAGCUCCGAUGAGGAAGAUGAUACAGCACCACCAAAGAAUAAAAAAUCUAAACAAACAUCCGACAGUUCUUCAGAUUCUUCGGAAAAUGAACAGGACAUAUAAAGGGUGCGGGAAUAAUACAACAGACAACAUUAAAGCGUAGCAAUAUAUAUUAGUUUAAGCCAAGAGAGUUAGUUCGAAAUAUGAAUGAAUUCUAAAAGUAGCCACUUGCACUCAAUACAAACUCUUCUUGGAAAUAUUAGAAGCUUUAGUAGUUUAGGUUAAAUUUCAAGUCGUUUUUAUAAUAUUAUUUUCUUAAAAAAACAAAUUGAAACAAAAAAAACUGAUUGGAAAAAAUAAUUAUCACCUUCUUUUUUUAAUUCAAGUAAAAACCUAGAACUUAAUUAGGGAAUUUAUAAAAUGAUAAUAUCAAAAAUCAAUUAUCACCUAAAGUACCUUCAAAUAAUAGCAAUGGUUUCAUUUUUUAUACUUACAUCUAUCAAAUGAAAUAUUGAUUAUUUAUCCAACCCAUCAACUCAGGAUUCCACUUUUAAAUAUGGUUUUAUGAGAUAUAAUAUUUUUGUGUGUUUCCUUAUAGUUUUUGUCUUGUCUUUUUUUCUGGCCAGAAGGUCUGCUUUUAAGUAAAAUGUCUUUUAUUGAUUUUUUUCUUUGUAAAUGAAUUGAUUUAUUGUCAAAAGUUUAUUUUAAAAUAUAAUAGUAGAAUUAAAAUUAGAAUAUUUUAAUGAAUUUGUUUAAUAACUAAAAUGUACUAUGUAUCCAUUUUAAACUUUGGUAAUACGUUAAUUUUAGUUUUAUGAAUAAUAAAUAUAAAAUGUAUUUAAU